AUGGCCUUACCGUCUGCUAUCUUUACAAUAGCUCUACUUCUGAUUGCAACAGGAAUAGGCCUUCUAAGUAUAAUUCGAACAGGUUAUAGCAAAGAACACAUAAUAGAUUACACUGAUUGCAUUAAAGAAUAUUCGGAUGAUAAUAUAACAUGUAAAGAUUAUAGGAAAAAAGAAAGAGAUACUUGUGUUUGCUUCUAUGACUUUAAUCUUACUGAAGACUUUGAUGGAAAAGUUAUUAUAUAUUAUGAAUUAGAGUCAUAUAACCAAUUGCGAAGUGAUUAUGUUAAUUCAAAAGAUGACAGUCAGCUACAAGGUAUAUUGAAUACUAUUCCAUCUGAAAAUUGUGAACCAUAUAGAUAUAAUGAAGAUAAAAAGCCAAUUGCUCCAUGUGGUAUUAUUGCAGACACUAUAUUUAAUGAUACAUUUUCCAUUCUGGAUAAUUCUGACAAUACAAAUGUGAACUAUAAACUAUCAGGGAUGUUGACAGAUGCUGAUAAAUUGGGAUUUCGUAAUCCAGAAAAUAUUACUGAAGCCCAAAAUUAUUUUGCAAAACCAAAAAAUUGGAGAAAGAGUAUAUGGGAGUUGGAUCUAAAUAAUAUUGAAAAUAAUGGAUUCCAAAAUGAAAUGUUUAUUGGGUGGAUGAAAACAGACUGGAAACGUAAGCCCCGCGGGCUUCUUACUCGAGACCUUCCCAGCGGUGAUUAUUCAUUGCGUGUUGCAUACCACUACCCUCCGAGCAUGUACGACGGUCGAAGAAAAGUAAUUAUUGAAUCAACUUCAACAUCAGUCAAUAUUGUGCUCGCAGUUGUUGGUAGUAUUAUGAUUGUUCUUGGGCUAACUGCUCUCAUUGUAAUGAUAUAUUUCAUGAGAAAACCAGUAAAAGGUACACAUACGCCAGAGGCGAACGUAACUAUUAUUAAUCCAAAAAACAAUUCUUCAGCUGAUGCAGAUUCCCCUGAAGAGAUACGACUGACAGCUGAUAAG